AGCCGCAUGGCUGCGCCCAUCUCGGGCCGCGGGGCCCGGAAACUGCUGCAGUUCCUGAGGCUGGUGGGGCAGCUCAGGAGAGUCCCACGUACUGGCUGGGUAUACAGAAAUGUCCAGAAGCCAGAGAGCGUAUCAGAUCACAUGUAUAGGAUGGCAAUUAUGGCUCUGGUGACCAAAGAUGAACAUCUUAACAAAGACCGAUGUGUACGCCUAGCCCUGGUUCAUGAUAAGGCAGAAUGCAUCGUUGGGGACAUAGCACCAGCAGAUAACAUCCCCAAAGAAAAAAAACAUAGGCGAGAAGAAGAAGCUAUGAAGCAGCUAGCCCAGCUCCUCCCAGAGGAUCUCAGAAAAGAGCUCUAUGAACUUUGGGAAGAAUAUGAGACCCGAUCUAGUGCAGAAGCUAAAUUUGUGAAGCAGCUGGACCAAUGUGAAAUGAUUCUUCAGGCAUCUGAAUACGAAGACCUUGAGAACAAACCUGGGAGACUGCAGGACUUCUACAGUUCCACAGCAGGAAAACUCAGUCACCCUGAGAUAGCCCAGCUUGUUUCUGAACUUGAGGCAGAAAGAAACGCUAACAUAGCUGCCGCCUCCAGUGAGCCACACUCGUGA